UGUUUCCUCUCAUCACGGUCUCUCCCACCAGCACCACCAGUGACCAGCCUUUACAAACUGGAGGACGGACGGGGCAGCGCGACUCCUCAGACGUCUCCUCCCUUUUCCUCAAUCGAGCGCUCGGCGCCCUCUCGGGGAUGGGCCUGGGAGGUGACUGCGUCCCCGGCUCUCCCUUCCUUCCUUCUCGCUACGGAGGGCCUCUGCCUUCGCACGGUGCGGCUUUUUGCUCUUCGGCACUCUGGAGGCUCCUUCGGCGCUGGAGAGUCUGCCGCCGCCGCCGCCGCCGCUCCUGCAGUUGCUGCACCUCGGAAAGGAGAAGGAACGCCUGCGCAAGCAGCGUUCAUCCCAGAUUGUCUUGCUCCACUCGUUCUGUUUCCUGAGAAAUGAAGAAAAUGAUCUCUUGCUUCCUUUUACUUCUUGGGCUUUUUGCUGUCUCAGCCAGAGACAGACAUAUUCCAGGGACACUUAGGAAUCAAAGAGAUGAUGCUCAAUUAUUAGAAAAAAAUUGCAAUAACAAACAGCUUGAUCUUGUGUUCAUCAUCGAUAGCUCUCGUAGUGUUCGUCCUUAUGAUUUUGAGAAAGUGAAAGAAUUCAUCUUAACUAUUCUUCAGUUUUUGGACGUCGGUCCAGAUGUCACUAGAGUGGGGCUUAUCCAAUAUGCCAGCACAGUUAAAAAUGAAUUUUCAUUGAAGACCUAUAGGAGGAAACAGGAUAUGGAGAGAGCAGUAAAAAGAAUGAUGUAUCUUGCUACUGGUACCAUGACAGGAUUGGCCAUUCAGUAUGCAGUAAACAUUGCAUUUUCAGAAACUGAAGGGGCUAGGCCACUAAGUCAGAAUGUGCCCAGAGUUAUCAUGAUAGUGACGGAUGGAAGACCACAAGAUCCUGUUGCAGAUAUUGCUGAAAAAGCCCGGAACUCAGGAAUCCUAAUUUUUGCUAUUGGAGUGGGAAGAGUAGAUAUGAACACACUGAAGUCCAUUGGGAGUGAACCUUAUGAAGACCAUGUAUUUUUGGUUGCAAAUUUCAGCCAGAUUGAAACACUGACAUCUGUGUUCCAGAAUAAACUUUGUGUUGGACACAUGUGUAGUGUAACUGAACAUGGUUGUGACCACUUCUGCAUCAACACACCAGGCUCUUACGUAUGUAAAUGUAAACAGGGGUAUACUUUGAACUUGGACCAGAAGACGUGCAGGACCCAGGACCUAUGUGAAGUCAGAAAGCACGACUGUGAACAAAUAUGUGUGAAUACACCUGGAUCCUAUGUCUGCCAAUGUUACAAUGGUUACAAACUCCAGAAAGACGGGAAGCACUGUUUCAUUGUGGACCACUGUGCUUUGAAUAACCAGGGAUGUCAACACAAGUGUAUUAAUACUGAAAACUCCUAUUACUGUCAGUGUCGGAAAGGUUUCAUUCUUAAUCCAGAUAAAAAAACCUGCAGACGACCAGACUACUGUGCUUUACAAAACCAUGGCUGUCAGCAGGAGUGUGUAAAUACUGAUGAAUCCUAUUUCUGCCGAUGCCAGCAAGGAUUUACUCUUAAUCCAGAUAAGAGAACUUGCAAAAAAAUAAAUGUCUGUGCUAUGGGAAAACAUGGCUGUGAACAUCAAUGUGUUAACACUGAAGACUCUUAUACAUGCAGGUGUCGAAGUGGAUAUGCCCUGAACCGUGAUGGUAAAACUUGCAGAAGAAUAGACCACUGCACUGAGUCCAACCAUGGGUGUGAGCAACUGUGCCUAAACACUGGAGAGUCCUAUGUUUGCCAGUGUUCUGAAGGAUUCAUCAUUAAUGACGAUCUGAAGACUUGUUCACGAGUGGAUUAUUGUUUGCUGAAUGACCAUGGCUGCGAACAAUUAUGUGUGAAUAGGGAAACAUCAUACUCUUGCCAGUGCACUGAAGGAUUUGUGUUACAAAGCGAUGGGAAAACGUGUAAACGGAGAGAUGUCUGUAACACUGUGGAGCAUGGAUGUGAGCAACUUUGCAUCAAUGCUGACAGUUCCUAUGUUUGUAGCUGCUAUGAAGGAUUCCUACUGAGGGAGGAUGGGAAAAGCUGCCGAAGAGUGGAUUAUUGUUUGCUGAAUGACCAUGGCUGCGAACAAUUAUGUGUGAAUAGGGAAACAUCAUACUCUUGCCAGUGCACCGAAGGAUUUGUGUUACAAAGCGAUGGGAAAACGUGUAAACGGAGAGACGUCUGUAACACUGUGGAGCAUGGAUGUGAGCAACUUUGCAUCAAUGCUGACAGUUCCUAUGUUUGUAGCUGCCAUGAAGGAUUCUUACUGAGGGAGGAUGGGAAAAGCUGCCGAAGAGUGGACUAUUGUUUGCUGAAUGACCAUGGCUGCGAACAAUUAUGUGUGAAUAGGGAAACAUCAUACUCUUGCCAGUGCACCGAAGGAUUUGUGUUACAAAGUGAUGGGAAAACCUGUAAACGUAAAGACCUCUGUAACUCCAUCAGUCAUGGUUGUGAGCACCUGUGUGUUAACAGUGAUUACUCCUACGUCUGCAAGUGCCAUGAGGGAUUUAUAUUAAAGGAUGAUGGGAAAACCUGCAGAAAUCAAGAUGUCUGCAAGUCCGUUAACCAUGGAUGUGAACAUGUUUGUGUAAAUACGGAUGAUUCAUAUACCUGCAGGUGCCAUGAUGAAUUCAUAUUAAUGGAAGAUGGGAAAACAUGUAGAAGAAUGGACUAUUGUUUGCUGAAUGACCAUGCUUGCGAACAGCUAUGUGUGAAUAGUGAAACAUCAUACUUUUGUCAGUGCACUGAAGGAUAUGUGUUACAAAGUGAUGGGAAAACCUGUAAACGUAAAGACCCUUGCAAGUACACUGAGCAUGGUUGUGAGCACAUUUGUAUAAAUAAUAACUCCUCAUUCAUCUGCAAGUGUCAUGAAGGAUUCAUACUGGAAGACAAUGGGAAGAUGUGCAGACGGUGCACUGAAGGCCCAGUUGAUCUGAUGUUUGUGAUAGAUGGCUCAAAAAGUCUGGGAGAAAAUAACUUUGAAAUUGUCAAGGAAUUUGUCUUAGGAAUCUUGGAUUCUCUUUCCAUAUCACCUAAAGCUGCAAGAGUUGGUUUAUUGCAAUAUUCUACUCAGGUUCGCACAGAAUUUACACUGAAACAAUUCAGUACAGCCAAAGACAUGAAGAAAGCUGUGUCCCAAAUGAAAUAUAUGGGAAAAGGCUCCAUGACUGGACUUGCCCUGAAGCAAAUGGCUGAGAGAAGCUUCACUGAAGUAGAAGGGGCCAGACAUUUCUCAGCAAAAGUGCCCAGGGUGUCUGUGGUGUUUACAGAUGGACGGUCCCAAGAUGAAGUUUCUGAAUGGGCUACUAAAGCAAAGAAACGUGGAAUCACCAUGUAUGCUAUUGGAAUAGGGAAUGCUAUUGAGGAAGAAUUACGAGAAAUUGCUUCUGACCCUCCGGACAAACAUCUCUUCUAUGCUGAGAAUUUCAGUGCCAUGGGAGAGAUUACUGAAAAGCUCCAGAAAAGGAUCUGUGAAGGUCUGAAGGACCACCAGAACUUUCCAGAAAACCUGUUUCAUUCAGCAGAUUCAUAUUCUGAAGAACCUGAAGCAGCCACCCUGUCCAUUACAGAUGUUCUUGCUUGUUCAAAUUUUGCUGUACAUCAUAAGUAUCUUUUUGAGGAAAAACAAUUGCGAUCAACAUCAUCAGGAAAACCUUCAGAAGACAGAAAAGAACUGUGCAAAUGCGAAAAUCUUCUAACAUUCCAGAAUUCUGCAACUGCUGCAGUUAAAAAACUAACACAGCAACUAGGAGAAAUGUCAAAAAGAAUGGAAGCAUUGGAAAAUCAGUUAAGAUACCGAUGAAGUUUUUUGAACAGAAGUGUCUGUUGUGUUUGAAAUAUAUUAAAAAAUGUACCAAAGCUACACAUGGAACAGUCUUCUCCCAGAAGAAUUUAUUGCUCUGGUAUUUCAUACUAUAUUGAAUUUUUCACUGACUGGAGACAAAACUGCAAGAUGUUUUAUAAAACUGUACUUGUUAAAAACAACCAAAAUAAGCUAUGUAAUAUAAUAAACUGGUGCUGAAAAGAUUGUAGUUUA